GGUGGGCGGAGCGGCCGCGGCGUUGCCCGCGGCCGCGCGGCACAGGACAGACAACGUGCGAGCGAUGGCGGCGGCGGUGGAUCCGUGUUCCUUCGCUUCGCCCUCCUGCUGCCUCACGCGGCACCUCUACUUGCGCUGCCGCGCGGACUUCGGCGCGCAGGCGCUGCGGGGCACGGCGGCCUUCACCACGCGCGCCGAGAGCGAGGCGCUGCGUUGCCUGGUCUUGGAUACAAAAGACCUACAGGUAUUUAAAGUGACUGUAAAUGGACAGGAUGCAGAAUUUGUUUUUGGAGAAAAGCACAAUUUCAAGGGAACUCCCCUGGAAAUCACACUUCCUUUUGAACUAAGAAGGGGACAAGAAGCCAUUGUCGAAAUCUCUUUUGAAAGCUCUCCAAAGUCUUCAGCUCUCCAAUGGUUUAGUCCAGAGCAAACUUCUGGAAAGAAACACCCAUUUCUCUUCAGCCAGUGUCAGGCCACCCACUGCAGAGCCAUCUUUCCGUGCCAAGACACACCUGCUGUGAAACUAACCUACUACGCAGAGGUAUCUGUUCCUAAAGAGUUGGUAGCUCUUAUGAGUGCUCAUCGCGAUGGAGAGAUGCCUGACCCAGAGGACUGCAGUCGGAAGAUAUACCGUUUCAGUCAGAAGGUUCCCAUACCUUGCUACUUGAUUGCUUUAGUGGUUGGAGCUUUAGAAAGCAGAAAGAUUGGCCCAAGGACGCUGGUGUGGGCUGAAAAGGAGCUAGUGGAUAAAUCAGCCUAUGAAUUUGCGGAGGCUGAAGCUAUGCUGAAAACAGCAGAAGAUUUAGCAGGACCCUAUGUAUGGGGACAGUAUGAUUUGUUAGUGUUGCCACCUUCUUUUCCUUACGGUGGAAUGGAGAAUCCUUGUCUGACUUUUGUGACUCCAACACUAUUGGCAGGUGAUCGAUCUCUGUCAAAUGUUAUUGCUCAUGAAAUCUCUCACAGCUGGACAGGAAACUUGGUAACAAACAAAACAUGGGAGCAUUUUUGGCUGAAUGAGGGACACACUGUAUACCUGGAACGCAGGAUUGGUGGUCGGUUGUUUGGUGAGCAGUUCAGGCACUUUAAAGCUCUAGGAGGUUGGAGGGAACUGCAGAAUACGAUAAAUACUCUUGGAGAUAAAAAUCCUGUAACUAACCUCGUCCCUAAUCUGAGCGAAGUAGAUCCUGAUGAUGCCUAUUCAUCUGUUCCGUAUGAGAAAGGCUUUGCUUUGCUUUUUUACCUUGAACAACUUCUCGGAGGACCAGAUGUCUUCAUUGGCUUCUUGAAGGCUUACAUUCAGCAGUUUGCUUAUAAGAGCAUAGUAACAGAGGACUGGAAGAAGUUCUUGUACUCCUACUUCAAGGAUAAGGUAGAUGUUCUUGAUAAAGUUGAUUGGAACUCAUGGUUUUAUGCUCCAGGAAUGCCACCAGUGAAGCCUACGUAUGAUAUGACACUAGCAAAUGCUUGUGUUGCCUUGAGCCAAAGAUGGAUCAAAGCAAAAGAGAGUGAUUUGGGCUCAUUCAGCUCAGCAGACCUGAAGGAAAUGUCAUCUCAUCAGUUGAUUGAGUUCCUGGCACUCUUGCUUCUGGAGGCUCCUCUUCCAGUGUCACAUGUCCAACGAAUGCAGCAAGUCUACGACUUCAACGCUAUAAACAAUUCUGAAAUAAGAUUCAGAUGGCUGCGCCUCUGCCUCAAGUCCAAGUGGGAAGAAGUUAUUCCUCUGGCUCUAAAAAUGGCAACUGAUCAGGGCAGGAUGAAGUUUACUCGACCCUUGUUCAGAGACCUUUAUAGUUUUGACAAGUACCGAGAUCUGGCUGUCAAGACAUUUCUGGAGCAUAGAGCCUCUAUGCACCCAGUCACUUCCAUGCUUGUGGGUAAAGACUUGAACCAGGAUCAGUGACAAAUUUACUCAUUUCUUUGAAAUUUUCUUGUUGCUGAAAGAAGAGACUGAUUCCACAAACUGCUGAUACGCAUGCUUGACUAUGCCAUAGAACACUCUGCUGCUUUGGUACUAAUUUAGCUUCAAAUGAACUUUCCAAAUCAAGUUCAGUACUUUCUAUUUUGCACCUCCAAGUAAAACAGCAAAUUUGCUAAAUCUCUGGAAUUGGGAGAAUGGUUUUAUUACCAGCAAUUUUUAGAACACAUGAAAAAGCUGAUCUGAGAUGUCAUUUGUCAGUCAUGGAAUUUAAAAACAUGGAAAAUUAACUGGUGGAUGGUGUGGCUCUUUGUGCACAGCUUUUUCAUAGCAACAUAGUUGAAACUUAAAGUACCUGAAGAAUAAAAAAAAAAUCUUUUCAUUGUCUA